GUGGAGGCAAUGCUUUUAUCUGCUGGCAUGUUUCUUAUCCAUUCAUAGGGAAGUUCCUUGGUUCAUCUCUUGCAGAAACAUCUCAUUGGAGAGGAGGGGUCGGCAAAUAUUCUUGACAUUCAACUCCAACACCAGAGCUUUUCCAGUCUCCUCUCCUGAGGUGAAAUUCUUGUGCAGCGGUUUUUCCUGAAGUAAACAUGCAGCAUAGUGAAGGACAAGACGUCUCAGAAGACAUCUCCAUCACCAUUCAAAAAGAGCUAGCUGGUGUUAUUGACUCAGAGUUACAAUGCAGCAGCAUCUUUAGAAUACACAACCUACUGCGGAAGGUAAAUGAGAGUGCUUAUGAACCAGAGAUCAUAGCAAUUGGACCAUAUCAUCACAGAAAAUCUGAUCUCAAGAGCAUGAAGGAACACAAGUUGCUGUAUCUGAAAUUACUUCUUGGUCAAAAUAUUGACGUGAAAAAAUGUGUUGAAGCAGUGAAGCCACUGGAGAAAGAUGCACGAAAAUACUAUGCAGAGCCCAUAGACCCAGAACUUUCACCACAAGAAUUUGUCAAAAUGAUGGUGUUAGAUGGCUGUUUUAUCAUAAAAUUAUUACUACUUAACUUCGAAAGAAUGGAUUCGGUAGACAACAAUGAUCCUAUUUUCAAACAGGAUUGGAUUCUGAACAGUUUACAGCGCGAUUUAAUGUUAUUGGAGAACCAGCUUCCUUUCUUCAUUCUCUGCAAAUUGUAUGAAACACUUGAGCUUCCAGACCAAGGAAGUGGAUUGAUUAGGCUUGCCUUGAACUUUUUCGUUGAUCUUUUACCAGUUCAAGUGUCAGCAAACAAAAAUGGAAAUCCAAUGGGCAGCAUCGGACAUUUGCUUGACGAGACCGGAAAUCCACUGGAGGACAUCAGGCAUUUGCUUGACUUGAUUCACAGAUUUUGGUCGACUUCAAAACUCAAGGCUCAAAAUGAUGUGGAAAGGAGUACAGGAGAGUACGAGUCGAUCCGUUGUUCCACACAAUGUCAUUUGCUUGACUUGAUUCAUAGAUAUUGGCCUCAAAAUGAUGUGAAAAGGAGCACAGGAGAGUUUGAGUUGAUCCCUUGUUCCACACAACUUGCAGAGGCUGGAAUCAAGUUACUGAAAAUCGACCAAGUAGACAUAUUUGACAUACAAUUUGACAAUGGUUCACUGCAGAUCCCAACAUUGGUCAUUGAAGACCGGACGGAAUCUUUCCUCCGAAACCUCAUUGCCUAUGAGCAAUAUUCUGGGGGUGGGGGCUAUGUGACAGACUAUGUGACAUUCUUGGGUUGCCUCAUCAAGUCUAAAAAGGAUGUAACAGAACUCUCCCGCCAUGGAAUCAUUCAUAACUUAGUUGGUGAGAGUGAAAUCAUCUCUGAAAUGUUUAACAAAAUGAUUGUCUGCGUAGUUGGGCCAAGUAGAAAUUUCCGUUACGCUGAGAUAUUCAGUAGAGUGAACAUCCAUUGUGACAGACGUAUGAACCGAUGGUUGGCUAAGUUAAGGAGAAAUUAUUUGAACAGUCCUUGGGGAAUAAUUUCGAUUAUUGCUGCUUCUCUUCUGCUGCUACUCACUUUGUUGCAGACUAUAUUUUCGAUUUUAUCUUGGAAGAACCAUCAUUAGUUUGACAAAUUAAGACCAUCUGUUAGUUUGUCGAAGACUAUGUAACAAGACAUUUGAGUUUCUGUCCUGUUGCAACUUGCGAGCUUUGGAUCAAGGACCAUUUGAUUUUCAAUGUUGUACUUCUAUAUUAUAUGGAACUGUGCUUUUGUUUUCCACUAAAA